AUGAUCGACGGGAUGCGGACGGACCUCAAGAAGGCGAGGUACAAGAACUUUGACGAGCUCUACAUGUACUGCUACUAUGUUGCGGGCACCGUGGGGCUGAUGAGUGUCCCGGUGAUGGGCAUUGCGCCUGAGUCCAAGGCGACGGCUGAGAGCGUCUAUGGCGCCGCUCUGGCUCUCGGGCUCGCGAACCAGCUCACCAACAUACUCAGGGAUGUCGGAGAAGAUGCAAGAAGAGGAAGGAUAUAUUUGCCGCAAGACGAGCUCGCAGAGGCAGAGCUCUCCGAUGAAGACAUCUUCAAAGGGGUCGUCACCGACAAGUGGAGGAAAUUCAUGAAGAGGCAGAUCAAGAGGGCGAGGAUGUUCUUCGAGGAGGCGGAGCGAGGGGUAACCGAGCUCAGGAAGGAGAGCCGGUGGCCAGUUUGGGCCUCUCUGUUGCUAUACCGGCAGAUCCUCGACGAGAUCGAAGCGAACGACUACAACAACUUCACCAGGAGGGCCUAUGUUGGGAAGGUGAAGAAGGUGCUGGCGCUCCCUGUCGCGUACGGGAGAUCGCUGCUCUUACCGUAUUCACUGAGAAAUAACCAGACCUAGAAGAAACAACAAAGCAAGAUGAAGAUGGUCAGGUUAGGCUAGAUAGAAAGAAGCAGGGCGGUGUCGCGACAUCUGCCUUCGAGCUCUUCAUCUGGUCAGUUGGAUAGUCAAUGCGGCGAAUCAGUCAGUACAUUCCUCAGCGAUGAAUGUUGUAUGCAUGACAUGAAGGGCCGGGGAAGGAAGGGAGAAGAACACUGCAGCCAACCGAG